GGGAUUAUUGCGUCUGGUAAUGAACUCUAAAAGGUCUCUCCCGGGUUGGUCUCAGGUUUCCCGCUGAUCUUCCCGAAAAUGACUGCGUCUUGCGCGCCUCGCCAGGCACCCCCCGGCCGCCCAGAGGGUACCCCUUUUCCUUGGUGCUGCGUCGGGAUUCUUUUGCUGGCUUUAGUGCUCCCGUUACCCAUUUUCUCCGGUCCCUGUAUUGAUCCACCAGUAUUGGAGAGUAUGCACCUCAAGGGUGUCAUUAAACGCCAUUAUUAUCCUGGGGACAGAAUAGACUAUGUGUGUCGAAGAGGAUACUUUUAUGUGUGGCCUUAUCUCCUUGCAUCCACUUGUGAGCCUAAUGGCUCAUGGAGCCCUAUUGAAGAAGCGUGUUUAAGAAAAUCAUGUCCAAAUCCAGAUAUAAAACAUGCUGAAGUAUAUGCCCCAAAUAAAACCUUUGAGUUUGAAUCAGAAGCUCACAUUUCUUGUGAUGAAGGUUACUACUUAAGAGGAAAAAGUAUUAUAACUUGCAACCUUAUUGGAGAAAAUGUAUCUUGGAGUGAUAAGAUGCCACAUUGUGAAAAGAUUUUUUGUGGACGGCCUCCACAAAUAAAACAUGGAAAACACACCAAUAGCUACAGGAAUAUAUUUGAAUAUAAUGAACUAGUAACUUAUAGUUGUAACCCUUCAAAUGGACCAGAUGAAUACUCACUUGUUGGAGAGAGCAAGCUUAUUUGUUCCGAGCCUGGCAAAUGGAGUAGCGCCGCUCCUCUGUGUAAAGUGGUCAAGUGUGAACGUCCAGUACUUGAACAUGGAAUAAUAAUAUCGGGAAGUAGAGAAAAAUUUUCCUACCAAGCAGUGGUGGUGUUUGAAUGCCUCCAGGGUUUUUACCUUAAUGGCAGCAAUCUAGUGUUCUGUGGUAGUGAUAAUUCUUGGGAGCCUGAGAUGCCAACGUGUAUUAAAGGUUACAAGCCUACUCAUCCAACCAAGACUCCACUUUCAAAAUAUCCAGGAUAUCCCAAUCCCAGUGACGAAAUACCAUCGCUUGAUGACUUUGAGGAUUUAGAUGCAGGAGUCAUUGCUCUGAUUAUUCUUACUGCAGUUGUUGCUGUUGCAGUAGUUUGUACCUGUCUGUACAGAUGUCUUCACAGUGAGAAGAAAGAGGAAAAGGUUAUGAAAGAGAAGGAGGAGAAGGAUGUGAAAGAGAAGGAGGAGAAGGAUACAAAAGAGAAGGAGGAGAAGGAGGAGAAGGAGAAGAAAGAGAAGGAGGAGAAGGAGAAAAAGGAGAAGGAGAAAAAGGAGAAGGAGGAGAAGGAGAAAAAGGAGAAGGAGAAGAAGGAGAAAGAAAAGAAGGAGAAAGAGAUGAAAGGGAAAAAGGAAGUUGGUGCUGGACCCACCACUCACCAGAAGAAACCAACCAGUCCAUCAGUCUUUGAGAUCUUGGAUGGGGAGAUUAUCCCCCCAGGUGGAGCCCUAAAUGUAAUCACAUUUAAUCCUCACAAGAAGAAGGCAGAGGGAGACUUGACUACAGCAGAAGGCAACGUGACCACUGAUGCAACAUGCUACCGUGUUGGCUUUGAAGAUGCAGGCAGGGGCCGCAAGCCAAAGAAUGAAGCUAUGGAAGCUGGAAAAGGCAAAGAAACUGAUUCUCUGCCAGUACAUCUGGUCUGCACACUGAGGAGUCAGAGACAGUCAGGGUGCGAGCGGGAGGGUCAGACCCACACCAGGGCCACGCCCCGCUCCUCCAGGCCUAAGCGCCGCCCCGGAGCCGAGUCCCUGCCCAUCAGCCUCACCGGCUCCUCACUUCCGCCCCUGGCGCGGCCCAGGCCACGCCCACCUGCGUGA